AUGGACAUUGACAUGAACUAUCCCAGUAUAACUACUUUGAUGAGUAAUGAAUCAGCAAACUUAUUGAUUAUUUGGGGGAAUGCCACGCCUGAUAUUAGCUAUCUAUCUUAUACAACUAACCCAAUGUUAGGUGACUAUGUUUUAAAUGUGUCCGCUAUAAAUGGCUGCACGGAGGAAUUAAUAGCAACUCAUCUAGUGCCAACUUUGGAGAAUGCAACCCAGUGGGUUUAUGAUGCGGGGGAGUACUGGGACAAUUAUUCCUUUACUGAUGAAAGUACCCCUCUGCCAGGACUUUCCUGGCCAUUUAAUGAAUAA